AAAAUUUCAAUUUAUAUUUCUCCUCUUUUGAGUGAGAUUUUUGGGAGUAGAUUCUUUCAAUUUAUCUUUGUAUCUUAAGUCUUACCAACCUAAGUAGUGAACCUGGUGAUCGAAUUCAUCGUAGUGGGUUUCUAAAUCUUGCCAAAAUCGGUGUUUCAGUAUCGGCUCCUACGCCAUCUAUAAAGGCAGGGAUAAGAAGAUUUUUUGUUGCAGAGAAUGUGUGCGUUUGGUUUUGAUUUUGAUUUUGAUUUCGAGAUGAGAGCGGCAAAGCUUCCGAUUCGGUCACUUCUCCGGUCGGUGGUGUUGGUUUUACUGGCUACUACUUCGUUCGGAGUCAAUGUAACGUACGAUCACAGAGCGAUCGUCAUCGACGGCAAGCGCCGGGUCUUGGUUUCCGGCUCCAUCCAUUAUCCUCGCAGCACUCCCGAUAUGUGGCCAGACCUCAUACAGAAAUCGAAGGACGGAGGACUAGAUGUGAUCGAGACCUAUGUUUUCUGGAAUUUACAUGAGCCCGUCAGGAACAAGAUUAACACCUGCAAUGGAUUCUACUGUGACCAGUUCACCCCAAAUUCUAACACCAAACCUAAAAUGUGGACUGAGAAUUGGAGUGGAUGGUUUCUUUACUUUGGCGGUGCUACUCCCUAUAGACCAGUUGAAGACCUUGCAUUUGCUGUUGCACGGUUUUACCAACGAGGUGGAACUUUCCAAAACUAUUAUAUGUAUCAUGGUGGAACAAAUUUUGGCCGGACCACUGGUGGACCCUUCAUUGCUACUAGUUAUGAUUAUGAUGCUCCAAUUGAUGAGUAUGGGAUUCCUAGACAACCCAAGUGGGGCCACCUAAAAGAUGUCCACAAGGCAAUAAAACUUUGUGAAAAAGCAUUAGUAGCAACUGACCCGACAUUUACUUCUCUGGGCCCAAACUUGGAGGCUACCGUCUAUAAAACUGGAUCAGGAUUAUGUGCUGCUUUUCUUGCUAAUGUGGGCACAUCAGAUGUAACUGUCAAUUUUAGUGGCAAUUCAUAUUGCUUGCCUGCAUGGUCUGUGAGCAUUUUACCAGACUGCAAGAAUGUAGUUCUUAAUACCGCAAAGAUAAAUUCCAUGACCAUGAUUCCCAGCCUUUCGCACCAAGCUUUGAAUGUGGAUGCUGAUUCUACUGAGGCAAUUGGCUCAGGUUGGAGUUGGAUAAAUGAACCUGUGGGGGCAGGGAUUACUGGUCCAGUGAAGUUGAAAGGCUCAAAGAAUGGUAACAGCGUUGAUCUCUCCUCACAGCAGUGGACAUAUCAGAUUGGACUUAAAGGAGAAGAUUCAGGUCUGUCUACUGGUAGUUCUUCACAAUGGGUUUCACAACCUGACUUGCCCAAGAACCAGCCACUGAUAUGGUACAAGACAAAGUUUGAUGCCCCUGCUGGAAAUGACCCAGUUGCUUUAGACUUCACUGGGAUGGGGAAGGGUGAGGCAUGGAUCAAUGGACAAAGCAUUGGACGUUAUUGGCCAACCUAUAUCUCUCCAAAAAGUGGCUGUACUGACUCUUGUAAUUACAGAGCAGAUUACAAUCCAGACAAAUGCAAGAAGAACUGUGGGAAGCCAUCCCAAGAACUAUAUCAUGUACCCCGCUCUUGGUUGCAACCAAGUGGCAAUACUCUUGUUUUGUUCGAGGAAAUUGGUGGGGAUCCAACACAGUUAGCUUUUGCAACCAAACAGACAGGAAGUUUGUGCUCCCAUGUAUCAGAAUCUCACCCAUCACCUGUAGAUAUGUGGGGCUCAGAAUCAAAAACAGGAACGAAACCAGGGCCUACUCUGUCACUUGCAUGCCCGUUUCCAGACCAGGCUAUUUCUUCAAUCAAAUUUGCUAGUUUCGGGACUCCCAGUGGAACUUGCGGAGGUUUUAGCCAUGGUAAAUGCAGCAGCCCAAAGGCACUUUCUAUCCUACAAAAGGCUUGCAUCGGAUCAAAAAGCUGUAGCAUUGCAGUAUCAACUGGUACAUUUGGUGACCCAUGUAGAGGAGUAAUAAAGAGUUUAGCAGUGGAAGCUUCCUGCACGUGAAGAAAUGUGCUAAUGCAAUUUGGUGUGCAAGUCAAGCAUUCUACCCGAUCACGUUUCGAAUCAAAUAAGGUUUUCAACAGCUUGUCUAAGUAAAAUAGCCCCCAAAACAUAGAUAUAAGGGGUUUCAUACAUCAAAGUGUAUUCUGAUUAAAGCACUAGAAAUGUAAAAAUGCAUCCUUUAGCAGCAUGCAUGCCUUCUUUGGUGGCAAAAGAAUGGAAAGCCAAUUACUGUAUGUUGCCUGGAAAUUUCUAUUGAAUCAUAUGCAUGUGUUUCCUGCAUCAAUCAUUUCCAGAAUAAACUGAGGUAAUGUAA